AGUUUGAUCAACUUCCUUCCCCCGUUGUUGUCCUCGUUCAGCUCAACGACAAGUUCAUGAUGAAGUACUCUGUUGUCUCUCUCUUACUCUUCGUAGCCGGUACUCUCGCCCAGUUCACAAUCAACACUCCUGCCAAUGUUGUUGAGUGCCAGCCCACCCUCCUCGCGUGGUCCGGUGGAACUGCUCCCUACUACUUGAGCAUCCUACCUGGUGCGAGUCCCAAUGGUGUUGCUCUUGAGAAUUUGGGACAGCAAAAUAGCACCUCGGUGACCUGGAUCUGCAACAUCGCGUCCGGGACAUCUCUUGGUCUCACCCUUCGUGACAGCACUGGUUUGACUGCACAGUCGGCGCCUUUCACUGUAAACCCCGGAUCUUCAACUUCAUGCACUAACACUACGUCGAGUACGUCUCUUAUUACGUGUAACAAUCUAUUACCCCACUGAUGUUUUGUUUUCGCUUUUGUGUUCCAGUUUCAUCGGGUCCGACUGGCGCA